AUGAGACGCGGUCUCAUCGCAGCUUCCUCUGAAAUCUUCAUCGAAUGCGCAGGAAAAAACGAUUUACAUGAAAGCCUGGUUCAACAGCGAAAGCUACAUCAUCACAAGGUCUCAACCUGCUCGAUACAGCAGUACCAAAAAGAAGACAUUGUUAAAGCAUUGAUUUGCAUUAAAUCUGACGUUACUAGUUGUGGUUCACUGGGCGUACAGUAUUGCCAAUGGGUGUCGCUCAUUCGGCUCACGUAUGGUUGA